AUGGCGUGGCAGUUUCUGGCAUGGACUGCCGGCACUUUCUUCGUCGUCUUCUUUUGCUACCUGCUCCGUCCGCUCGAGUUCUUCCCAAUAACAUUCUUCACCGUUAUUGCCGCCACCUUCAUCGUUUUCGAUCCCCGUGAAUGGAUGCUACAGAGCUAUUUGGAGGCGCAUGAGUUCUUACUCCACGUGCCCAUCAACAACUAUGUCGAGCGAUACUUGCAUACGGCUGUGACCAUCAUAUCGGGUCUUUGGCUUGUCCGCCGAACCUGCCAAACCUUGCUCAAACCAGUCUCUGAACUGGUCAUGAUACUCGGCGUUGAUAUCCCCGAGCCCCCUAAUGUCUGCCUGGCGGGCAUCCGCUCCGAUGCUGUUACCAUUACCUGGGACCGACCACCAACCAACAAGCCUGUCCACAAGUAUAAUAUUCAAGUCAACGGCGUCCAUGUGGGCGAGUCUCCUGGAAAUGAUUUCGCCAUCACUGUUACUGGCUUAAAACCGAGCCAUUAUUACAGUAUCCGCGUCAUCGCUGUCGCGCCUAACAGUUUUCAAUCACCAAGCCCUCCAGUGCUCCUGCAAACGUGGGGGAAAGAUGGCAAGCCGCAGCCUAUUGACGCUCCCCUUCCCGCACACUGUUCUACCGAUGAGCAUCGCUCUGGCACUACCGAUAAUGGCGAUGAUUCCGACUCUCCGUCCGGCCCCGUCCCCUCGCUCGAAUCUGCUCCCGUGCUAGACAGCCCCAUUUCCGUCCUUCGCGAUACCAACAAUGGCUCUCUGACGAACCAGCGACGAAACACUAUCAAUAGACGUCAUUCUCCUUCUGUGACAAGCUCUGAACGGCCGCAGACCAAACAUCAAGGUCCCAAUGAACCCGAUGAGUCUCUGGACGAGUUGAACAAGCAAUUUGAGAGUAUACGAAAGGAAAUCGACGACGUUGUAGCCCAAAUUUCCAAAGAAGAAACCGAAUUUAAACUCCAGGAGGACGAGUUAAAGAGAGAAAAGGAGCGCAAACGCCGAAUGCUUAAGGAGAAGGAAGAGUUCACAGCGCAGCUUAAAGUGCAAGUAAGAAUAAGCAUGGAGCAAAUGCGUACUGUUGAGAAAGAACGCGCAAAGAAGGAACAGUCUCUAAAAGAGAAGGAGGCCAAGAGAGCCAAGUCCAAAGACAACAUCAAGAAGAUGGAGCAGGAGAUUGAGCGCAUGAGAAAUGAGCGCAAGAAAUUUCAAGUGCAAAGAUGCGAAUUGGAUCAGCAACGAGACGAGAAAGUUCGCUCCCUCGACCAGGGCAAUAAAGAGCUCCAGGACAAGUGUGCGGAAUUGGAAUCUGAACUCAAGGAAAAGGGGAAACAGCUGCAGGAUUUGAAGGCUACGCGCGAGCUGUUGCCAGGCGCUAGUGACGAGCAUUGGGAUGAGGAAGACCGUCGUCUUCAGCAGGAAUUCAUCGUGUCUGAGCAGCAACUUAAGGCCGCCCUCUUUCAAGAGGUAAACCGUGGCCGCGAACUCGAGCUGCAAAUACAGAACCUCUCCGAACAGGUCGCCCAGGCUCAGCAGCGGUUCCAACAAACCUAUUAUCCGUCCAUGGGCUCCCCGGCUCCUGAUUAUGACGGCUCGAUUCCGGUUCAGCAAGCGAGGCCGAGUCUAAACGGUGCUUCUCCUCAUGAACAAGGCACUCCAUCACCGCACCCGCUUCCUACAUCCGAGUCAGGAUACCAGCCUCCUUCAACCUUCGUUCACCCACCAUUUCCUCCCCGGUUGUUUGUUGAUGAGCCAGAUCCAUCAGACGAGCCUCAGGCGGAGGUAGAGCUCAAGAUGGCUUCUGUGUCUCUCAGUCCAUUGGCUCAGACACUAUUGCCGUCCAACAUAUUCGACGAGUUAGACGAUCAGAGCGACGAGGGUCGGGCUGGGGCUCGCAUACAGGAGGCCAUCAGCAUUACAGGAGAUGAGCCGCACUCUCCCGCUUCGUCCAGCCCAUCAUAUCGCGCAUUCUCAAGUCCUCAUGGAUCAAGUCACAAUCUGCCCUACCCCCAGUACGAACCCGCGGAGAGGAGCUCGUUGAACCCGCACCAAACACCAAACUCGCCGGCGGCUAGCACCCACCGGUUCAGUGAUCUACUGUCCACGUUUCAACGCAAUCGUGGCACGAAGCCUGUUGAUGAGGGGCCUCCUAUCGGUAGCCUCAAACCCGGUCAGAGCCAAUCAUUCCCUCGAGGAGCGGAAGAAUUCGAGGGCAACGAGGUACGCCGCAGGCGCAACUUUCUUUGGUCUGUUCGUAGCCCGGCCCGCCCAGAGGGUACAACUAGCCACUUUUCGCUGGUCGGCAGAAGGCUGAACUCACUCUCCAACGGCCGGGACAGGGAUCCCGAUUCGCGGCCUGCAUCUAUUGCAUCGGCCGAUAUGCCCAGGCCGUCAACAGACAGCAGUUCCAUCUGGGGCCAGCCAAACGAUGGCAUGUUGCCCAAACACAGAGCCUGGCAAGCUGGUGAAGGCCCUUGGCCUUCUCGUAGCAACUCGAGGCGACCGUCCAUUCAUGGCACGGGGAAUUUAUUGACAACGACGCUUGCCUCCGCCGAUGAUGAGAUUCUUGAUGAGAACGACUUGCGUAAUCCACCACAGGUCGGCGUCAUUGGAUCAGGCCCGUCGACAACCACCAAAUCUGUCAAUCAGAGGCUCAACCCGAAUGCGCCUACGUUCAUGGGCAAUAUGGGCAAUCUCUUCAAAAAGGAUAGGUUCAAGCCCCAAGAGGCAGCUCCGAGUCUCGAGCUGCCGUUGAAAACGGAUGACUCGUCAUCUAAACGCAGAAUCUCUCACGAAACUCAGUCAAUUCACACACAAGCGUCGGUCUCUGUAUCGGAAUCACAUGAGUCAUUGACUCUGGAUGGAACAAUAUCAAACGCACCGUCCGACUUGAACUCUUUGUCUGGUUCGGUCUCCAAGGACGCAGAAAACAAGGUUAAGAAGCUCUUUCGAAAAGGCAGCUCUGGCAAGUUUAGCCUAACUUCGCGACUUGGCAAGGAUUCUGGGCUGUUUAAGAAGGGCCCCGGCAGCACAGCCAAUUCAGAUAAGAACGUCCCGGCCGAUCAGCGAUCGAGCAUUGGUGAUGUCGAUGAUGUGGGUGAGGACGUCCAAUUCGGGCGCAGCUAUGAUAGCAUGGCAAGCAGCUCGGCCCCUGGAUCAAAGGGGUCCAAGGACGGAAGCCAAUCUAGGAUGGCGUCCUGGCGCUUCCCUAAGAAGAAGAAGGGUAAGGAGCUGGCAGUAAAGGAAAACCCAGAUACUGGCGAAUGA